AGGGAGUGGGCGACUUCGUCCACACACGGUAAACUCGGCGUGGCCCGCGAACGUCUCGGACAUCGUAGUAGUCUCUGCCUGCCGACGUGCUUUCAGUUACGAAAUCACCAAAUCUUCCUUUUUCUCAUUCUUCUUCUUAUUCUUUUGCUUUCUUUCAAUCUCCGAUUUUCGCGGUUGAGGUCCUGAAGAUACUUUUUCAAAUGUCGGUCCAAGUGGACCAUAUUGAUCCAAGGAUUGGAGUGGAUCCCCAGUCGGCCUUUACACCAAACUGGACAAUUACUGUUUCAGAUAUAAGAACAGUUAAAGUUAGCAACAUCUCCUUGGCUGUCACUGAGAGGGAUAUUAAAGAAUUCUUUUCUUUCUCUGGUGAUAUACAAUAUGUUGAAAUGCAAAGGGAGGCUGAAAAGACUCAGCUUGCAUAUGUCACCUUCAAGAAUUCACAGGGAGCAGACACAGCUGUGCUCCUGACGGGAGCCACCAUAGCUGAUCUUUCUGUCUCUAUAACACCUGUUGACAAUUAUCAGCUGCCUCCUGGAGCUCUUCCACCUAGCCCGGAGGAAAAGCUGCACACUACCAAUUCUGCUGUUAAGAAGGGUGAAGAUGUGGUGAGCACCAUGCUAGCCAAGGGCUUUGUUUUGGGAAAGGAUGCUAUCAACAAGGCAAAAGCCUUUGAUGAGCAGCAUCACCUGGUCUCAAAUGCCUCUGCUACAGUUGCUUCCAUCGACCGUAAGAUGGGUCUGAGUGAGAAGCUAAGCAUUGGAACAGCUGUGGUCAAUGAGAAGGUUAAAGAGAUGGAUGAGCGAUAUCAAGUGUUUGAAAAGACAAAGUCUGCCCUUGCAAUUGCAGAGCAGAAGGCAAGCAUUGCAGGAUCUGCUAUCAUGAAUAACCAUUAUGUAGCCACAGGGGCUUCUUGGGUUUCAAGCGCAUUAAGCAUGGUUACAAAGGCAGCUGAGGAUGUGAGUGUGAUGACCAGGGAGAAGGUUGAAAGGGCCGAGGAGGAAAAAAAGGAGAUCAUUUACAGGGAAAAGAUGGGCUUUGUUAACGAUUACGCACAGAUUCAUCUUGAUGAAUCACCCGCUGGUGAGCCUCCAAUAGUUCCUGUUGAUUCAGUUGAUGACUGUAAGCUUGGAAUGAUAUGAUUACUGUGCUCAAAAUGUCUCUCUACACUUGAUUCUUUUUCCCUUUUUUUGUAUGAUUUUCAUGGAUUUUUAGGUUUUACUUCUGUUUAUACACUUGAAAUAGCAGAACUGUACUCUGUAGAUUCUGAUUUGUUGUACCAUCGUUCUAAUGCUGUCCAGUUUAUCCAUGAUUCUCAUUUUCCCUUCA